AUGGCUGGCGAUUCUGGUUCAGGACGUGUUAUACUGAUCCCUAUUGAUGGCAGUGAACACUGCGAACGGGCAUUUCGUUGGUAUCUGGACAAUAUGAAACGAGAAACUGACUGCAUAAAGUUUGUCCAUGUAAUCGAACCAGUUUAUAAUACUCCUGCCAUUGGACUGACAAUGGAAUCUCCUCCAGUACCUGAUAUGACUCGCGUUAUGGAAGAAAGCAUUGAUGCAGGUAAAAAGCUUGGACAGAAGUACAUGCACGAAGCCAAAGCCCAUAAACUUACUGCUCAAGCGUUUUUACACGUGGACACUAAGCCUGGAAGUUCUCUUGUGAAAGCUAUUUCGGAUCACAAAGCAAGUGUUAUUCUGAUGGGUAAUCGUGGUGUCGGGGCUAUUCGUCGUACAUUCUUGGGAAGUGUCAGUGACUAUAUUCUUCAUCAUGCUCACAUUCCUGUAAUUAUUGUCCCACCUCCAGAAAAGCAUUAA